AGCCGCUGUACUUCCUGUCGCUAGUUGAGCGAGGCGGGCGCGUGGAGGGAUGUAAAGAUGGCGGAGCUGCAGAUGCUGCUGGAAGAGGAAAUUCCAGCGGGUCGCAGAGCGUUAUUGGACAGUUUCACCAACCUCGAAAGAGUCGCCGAAUACUGCGAAAGUAACUACGUACAGUCUCCAGACAAGCACGCUGCUUUAGAGGAAACCAAAAACUACACCACUCAGUCCCUGGCCAGCGUGGCCUACCUGAUCAACACACUUGCCAACAAUGUGCUCCAAAUGCUCGACAUCCAGGCGUCCCAGCUGCGCCGAAUGGAGUCCUCCAUCAACCACAUCUCUCAGACGGUGGACAUCCACAAAGAAAAAGUGGCAAGGCGGGAGAUCGGCAUCCUCACAACCAAUAAGAACACCUCUCGCACGCAUAAAAUCAUCGCUCCAGCCAAUCCCGAGAGACCAGUGCGGUACAUUCGCAAACCUAUUGAUUACAGCAUGCUGGACGAUAUUGGUCACGGUGUGAAGUGGUUGCUUAGGUUCAAGGUCAACACCCAGAACAUGAAGAUGGGCAGCCUUCUUCGUACCACACCUCCCACACAGAAACCACCCAGCCCCCCGAUGCCAGGGAAAGGCACCAUAGGGAGACACUCGCCCUACAGAACGCUUGAGCCAGUGCGGCCUCCGGUGGUACCUAAUGACUAUGUCCCAAGCCCCACGCGGAACAUGGCACCCAUUCUGCAGCAAAGUCCUGUGCGCACGGCAUCUGUUAAUCAGAGGAACCGCACUUACAGCAGCGGGAGCAGUGGCGGCAGUCAUCCCAGCAGUCGCAGCAGCAGUCGUGAAAACAGCGGGAGUGGCAGUGUGGGUGUUCCCAUCGCUGUGCCCACACCCUCUCCACCCAGCGCCUUCCCAGCUGCUGGUGCCAACACACCCUCAGCUCCAUCUAACUCUGCUCAGCCUUCUGUCACACCCUCUAGUUUAACCCCUACACAACCCUCAGCCAACCCCACCUCAAUCCCUGAAUCUCUCCCCACUCACCCUGACUCCACUGAGAGCUCUUUGAGCCCUGAUAAUGGCUCUCCUCCCUCUCAACCAACCCUCAAUUCAGAUGAAUCUAGUGCUGCAUCCAACACCAACCCUGGGACAGGUGGUCCUCAGUUCUACAGCAUGAACAGGCCCGUCCCCAGGCAGAUCGCACCCACAGUUGGGGGUUCGCUGCCGUAUCGCCGGCCACCCUCAAUCACGGGUCAGACUUCCAUGCCUGCCAGCCAGCAGAACGGAGGGCCUUAUUACAAUCAGAACCAAGCCUCAGUGGCCCCCCCAACCCCCUCCAUACUGCAGAUCACACCCCAGCUUCCACUGACGGGUUUUGUGGCUCGCGUACAGGAAACCAUUUCAGAUGCGCCUCCGCCACCUCCCCCUUCAGAAGAGCCAGUGUUUGAGGAGACACCAACCCCAGUUCCACCUCCAGAAGACUAUGAGGAAGAAGAGUCUUCUGUGGUGGAGUACAGCGACCCUUACGCUGAAGAAGACCCACCCUGGGCUCCACAAACUUACCUGGAGAAAGUGGUGGCGAUCUACGACUACACGCAGGACAAGGAAGAUGAGUUGUCUUUCCAGGAGGGGGCCAUCAUCUACGUCAUUAAAAAGAAUGAUGAUGGCUGGUAUGAAGGUGUGAUGAGCGGCACUACAGGACUCUUCCCCGGAAACUAUGUGGAGUCCAUCAUGCACUACACGGAGUGAGAGUGUCCUCUGUCUCUCCCCCAACCCUCAACGCCCACCAGCGCUAAUCUUACAAUGCAGAAGCGUGCAUGUGUGCAUACAAACCAUGCUAAUAACAGGCCGUGAGACUUCAAAGACGAGUGGUGCUACUAAAAAGGCGAAGCGAUAUGAAGCUGAACAUCCAGAUGUUGCAGACCAGAACUGAGGAAACACUUUUAGAGAAAUAAAAUUAUAUUAAUAAAAGCCUAUAAUAUGUUUACUGUUGAAUGAAGGAUACAAAGUUUGAAGUUCAGGAUAUGCAUAAGCUAGUGGGUAGCUUUAGAGUGGGUACAUUGUUUUUAUUUUUAUUUUUUUCAUGUUUCAUAACCUUUGCUCAUUCCACAGCAUUGUGGUGUUUUGGAAGGCAGCACAGGGGCUGACUGAUGUCUCUGAAACGGAUUUAUUUUUUGAACAGCCUGAGGUGGAUUCAGGGAGUGAUUUACAGUGAGGUCACGCUCAAAAAGGGAGAUAAUAGGAACAAGGAAAGUGUGAGACUGAACGGAAGGAGUGAAUAUAGAGAAGUAGCUUUCUAUUUAUUACAUGUUGUGACAGCUCAAGGUUUUUAAAUUUGUGUCUCUGUAAAGUGUUUUGAUUGUUUAAGCAAUUGUUUGAUAUAUUCUCUCCCAUCUAAUUAAAAUUAGUUUGAGCCAGAUUGAUGAAAUAGGAAAUAUUUGCACAAACACGCAAGCAUAAUUGAUGGGUCAGACAUGUUUGCACAAAGGUCUCAUCUUGGUUUUACUUUUUUCUUUUUUUAAAUCAUUUUUUCCCCCAUGAGAAUCGGUCAGCCCCAACACACAUGCAGUACUAGACAUAUCUAAUAACCUCAUGAACUUUAAACUGUUUUACUCUUUUGUUUGUUUUACAUUUAAAUAUUGUGUCGUGAUGCUAACCAAUUGGUUAAUAUUUGACAAGUGUAUGUAGUGCUUCAUAGACUGCAUGCUUAAUAAAAACAAACCUUAUUUACAUUUCAUUUUUCUUUUUUUUUCUUUCACAUUUUAUUUAUUGGAUUCCCACAAUCAUGGAAAACCUGAAAUAUCUGGAAAUGUUAAACUAGUGGUUGUUAAACUAAAGUUAUCGCAAUGACUAACAUCAUCUAAAUUAUUUCAUCAGCUAAAAUCGCAGCUAUGCCUGCACGAAACUUCAUUCCGGUUGUGGGACAUUUUAAGACAUUUACACAAUAAUACAGUUUGAGUCCAUUCAUGUUAGUACCUGACAUUGAAAAAGCAUCCAAUAAUCAGUUAAAAAAUGUAAAUCAACAGGUUAAAAAGGGUUCAAGCCCCAUGUUUAGUUCCUCAUCACAUUUUUGUUCUUGAUGACCCCUUAUACCCAGUUUAAAGAAGUUAUCUUCCAGAACAAAAAUGUACAGAUACUUUACUCUGAGCAUGCAUGCGCAUCACAGAGCUAGACAUGACGAGCAUUUGAGGCUAAAAAGUAUAUCAGUUAUAAUUUUUUUUUUUUUUUUUUUUAAUAAAUAACCAAUUGUUUCGCCAGAUAUGACCCUUCUUCCUCAGCUGGGAUCGUUUAGAGCCAUUUGAAGCUGCAUUUAAACUGCAUUUUAGAAAAUUAGACUCGUGGGCAUCAUAGAUUUCCACUAUAUGGAGAGAAAUCCUGAAAUGUUUUCCUCAAAGAAAGAAAGACAUGAACAUCUUGGAUGACAAGGGAAUGAGUAAAUUAUCUGUAAAUUUUUGUUCAGGAAGUGAACUUCUCCUUUAAGACGUUCAUGUGACAAACAUUACAGUAUUAUUUUGAGUGCUCUUUAAAUGUUUAUGCUAAAUAUAUUGUGCCAUUCUGUAGUAUUAUUGAAACGUGUAUAAGCUAUUUGACAAUCAUUGAUCUCUUUCUCUCCAGCUACUAAGAGUUUUCUAUUUUGCAGGUCCUAAAAUCGUCAAGACUUCAGUGUCUCCAUCAUGAAAUUUAUUUGAAUCUUAUGUAAAGAACAGAUGGAGGUUGUUUAAAGCAGGGUAGAGCCAGCUAAGCUCAUCUUUCACUCUACCCUGCAGUAAUACCUGGUAAAAUGUGACGUUUAGAGGGUUAAUUCACCUCUGUCUGAAAGCACAUCACUCCAAACACCAGAGAUGUCAAUUAUUUUAACAUGAAUAGUAAUUUUUGUAAACAAUUAAAGUCCAUUAACUCGAUAUUCUUGUGUGCAAAUAUGUGUAUAUUUAACUGAAUAAAAGUAUGGACAUGAGUA